UCCGGACCGUUACCGAGCGACUAACACGGAGCCGCAGCGCGCAAAAACGCAGUACAUCUCUCCCUUGUGAGGUUUUCUCGGUGAACAGAACUUAAUGGAUCUGAUGGACCGCGCUGUUUUGAUGCUAGCUAGCGGCGGUGCAGGCAGACAGGAGCGGGGCUUUAUCCAGCCAGCAGGGCCCGUAAAGCUGCUUAACAUCAACAUUACUGACACAGCGAAUAAGCUCCGUGUCAGUAACGUGCGUCCUCACAGUGGACGUGAGUUUUCUGUCUUCAAAUGCCGGCGCACUGACCGUCGAGCCCUGAAUGUGCAGAUAAUGAGCGGACAGAGGCGGUGCAUGUGAGCACAGGAGCUGAUUGUAUGUCAGACAGUGGGGAAGGCUGGGUUGACACUUAAAAGGAAUCUUCUAUCAACCUUAUGUUAAAUAAUAGUACAGGUGAUUGUGUCUAAAAUCAUCCAGUUAGAAUAAAGGAAGCAUCAUAACGUCUCUUAUUACACUUUGUGAUGUUACUGUCACUGGUGCGUUAUGGCAAUGACAGGUUACAGGAAGUUAUCCACCACCUGUGACAGAUGAGAAAGUGUCACAAAAGAACAUGAGGCUGGAGAAAAACUCUUAGGAUAUGAUGUUCAUGUAGAUUUUCUGCUAUUGUGUUUGCUGUUCCUCAGAACAAAACCCUUAUUUUGACAUGAAAUGGGAAAUUUGGAAAAAGUCAUUCACAGCACAUCUGCACUGACAUCAAGACGUCCGACAACAUGAUGUCAGAGGGUCAGAAUAUUGAAUGUCUUUGUUGGUCAGUCAGUCUAUUAGUUUGCAAAUGAAUAGUUUAAGGUACAGUAAACUUCAGUCAAGCUGAAGUGUCCUGGUUUUCAAAACCGUCCUACAGCAUCUACCCACACACGACAGUGAGCUGUUGUUGACGUUGCAGCCUAUCUAAUUCUCUGUGAAGAAAUGCAGAGUCCUAGUUGAGACUGUGUGGGAGGGAAACACAAAAAGGCAGCAGGUGCAGAAUAGAUUCUAGAGUAAAACCUUAGCAGAACAACAGCAACACUUUGAGAUUUAACUUCGGUACAGAAUGAAUGUCUGGCUGUUUCAUUUUUACUAUUUCAUUCUUCUACCAAAUACUAAAAUAGUACUUGAAGGAAUGUUUAAUCUGAAAAUAUCCAGUGAGAAUAUCUGAGUCUAGUUAGUUGUUUUAAAGCAGCACAAAGCAGCUGUCCUGCUACCCGACCUCAUGAUUGGUUAAUAAGUAAAGCAUGAUCCGCUACGCUCUGCCUUGAAUCACACUGGUCAUACUUUCAGAGUGCUGCUGUUUACCACCAUUCCUCUUGUUGUCCUUUCAUUUCUGCAAAUCUGAUAGCAAAUUUUCCUCGUGGUCAUGAGUUUCUGUCAUAUCAGUGUGCUACUUUUGAGCAGCAGUGAAGAUGGGCUGAAGGCAAUUUUAGCAGCAUUAUUGUAGCUGAGGAAAAGCUAUUUGAGGUUUAUGGUCUUUACUUUGGAACAAUUUGGCUUUUGUGCUGGCAGAGGCAAGUAAACACGGCAAAAAAGGAGUAAAUUAGCAAAUGUGGCCUGAGCGUUUUAAUCAGGCUUUAAACGAGAGGUGCAGUCAUGUUUUCUUUUUGAAUCGGGCGACUGAAGUUGACGAUGGGCGACUUUGACAAGAUCUGGCGCGAGCACUGUGAGGAUGAGCAGACGCUGAGUGAGUAUGCGUUUGCCAUGAAGAAUCUUGCAGACAACCACUGGAACAAGAAGUGUGAAGGAGAGGGACGCAUCGAGUGGUGUCGGAGUGUCUGUCAAGAAUAUUUUCUGGAUGGUGGGAUGAAACGGAUGGUGGAAAAGGAUCAGAAAAGUGCUGCGCUCGCCAUGGGUCUGAAUGCAGCGUCUGUAAGUGUCCAACCGUACAGCACCAUCCCCAGUUCAAUCCCUCAGAUGGGGAAAAUGCGCCUUCUUGAUGUAGGAAGCUGCUUCAACCCAUUCUUGAAGUUUGAUGAAUUCCUUACAGUUGGCAUUGACAUAGUGCCUGCGGUUGAGAGUGUGUACAAGUGUGACUUCCUCAACCUUCAGCUCCAGCAGCCUCUUCAGCUAGCAGGUGACGCGGUAGAGGCGUUCCUCCGCCAGCUCCACAACCCCAUCGACGCGCUGCCUGCUCAGCUCUUCCACGUAGCCGUCUUCUCCUUGCUCCUGUCUUAUUUCCCCUCACCAUACCAGCGCUGGAUCUGCUGCAAGAAGGCCCACGAGCUGCUGGAGCUGCACGGCCUGCUGCUCAUCAUCACGCCCGACUCCUCCCAUCAGAACCGGCACGCUCUCAUGAUGCGCAGCUGGCGCGUCGCCGUGGAGUCGCUGGGCUUCAAGCGUUACAAAUACGUCAAGUAUUCUCACAUGCAUCUCAUCGCCUUCCGAAAGGUGUCUGUAGCCACCACCAGCGACCUGGUGUCGCGCAACUACCCUGAGAUGCUCUACAUCCCUCAGGACUUCCACUCCAACGAGGAGGAAGAUUGUGACGACGUGCCCGUGCAGGUGCGUUCUGAGUUCGAGGACGAGCAGAUGGCUUGGGGGUUCACCGAGCUCCCAGACACGCCCUACGAUUCAGAUUCUGGGGAGAGCCAGGGCAGCUCAGUGCCUGGCUUUCAAGAGCUAGAGGACCCCAUUCUGCUCCAGAGUUAGGCUGAACCAGCAACCUCACCCCUCCAAAACAAAUCACCCCCUCACUCCUUUUUCUGUACGUAACUGCUGCGCUGCCAAAUUUAAUCUGCUGCAUUCUUCUCCAAUUUCUGCUCCCUCCCUCAAAACAAUGCAGUUUGCACAGUGUGAAAGAGAGAAGUUUACAGAUUAUUUUGUCAUACCUACACUUCUGAGAGUACACACACACACAUACACAGACACAUGCACACACUAAGAUGGAUAUAUUUUGAUAAAUAGCUAGGUUUUUUAGUGGUUGGAAAGCGAAUGCCCUUAAGACGACUUAACUCCCUUCUCCGCGAUUUCCAUCCCAUCCCAGCUCUUGUUAACAAAACUCGGCUUGUCUGCAUCCUGUACUCAGUCUCUGUUUGAAUAAGCUAAUGUGGCAGGCUGCUUAGUACAAAAAGCCAAAUACAGCAACCUGAGCAGCCUGACAGGAGUUUGAUUGCACUUGAGAGACUGAGAUGGAGUGACUGGACCUGGUACGCUUGCUUUUGUCACAGUCAUGCAGCUAGACUUUCUGAAAAUUCUUGAUGUGCAUUUAGUUUUCCAAGUCAAAAAUCAAAGCAUUGGUGUUGUCCAGUGUGAGGCGAAGGCCAUUUUACUUGGCAUCUUCUGAAUGACUUGCGUAUCUUUUACAAGGAAGUGGUAUUUGUAGCAUUUUAACCAUUUUCAGAACCGUACAGUAGGAGUAUUACUAGGUAUACUAAUGUGAAACUGUAACUGUGUUUACCCAUUGUGUAACAAGGUACGAGUGUUUUUAAAGUAGGUAUUACACUUUUUUUUCCUCUUUGUGGUCAUCAAAUAUUAAUACUGAAUUAUCUGCUGUUAGAUUUCCGAUACUUCUUUUCUUAGUGCAACACUGUAAGUACAGUGACCUGUAUCCGAUGGACUUUACAGCACCAGUAAGUAUCCUUUUAAAGCAAUUUUUAAAAAGUGAUGUGAAAAUACGGGAAGUACUCAAACAGAUUCAGAUCUGCGCUCCUCAGUUAGAAAAUUCACCUAGACAGACACGAUUUGCACUAAUUUACUGUUUUGUCAUAUAGAACCUCUGGAAUAGGUGAAAAAAUGAUUUUAGCAAUAGCAAGCAAGACCAGAUCUGAAAGUACUGUAUCCUAAGACGUGAGAUUUAGGCUAAAGACACUACCUGGUGAAAUGUUAGUGUGUUACUGCCUGAACUGGCUGAAUGAGUGGAUGUGCUUUGGUUUGUCAGUGUACAUGAAGGAGUAAAUUAGCAAUUGGUGUGUUUGGGUUUUGUUUUUUUUUUGGUCUGUGGCACUUUACCAUUGAAUUCAAAAGGUGUCACAAAAAAAAUCGACUGACGAAGGGCCCAUAAAAUAGUACCAGUAAAUCUUAAGGUGCCUUCUUUGUUCACAUGUAAUGAACAUGUUGCAGGUAUGUUUGGCCAAACCGAUCAGUGCUACAUUAUCAUAUAAAUGGUCAACAAGAUACAUUUUGUGUUGAUGUAAUACAGUGUGAUGCUGCCAUAUCUUUAUCAUUUUCCAAUUAAUACACAUCUGCUUUCUCAUGUUUCUUUAUUUUAGCAGGAAAAAAACACAUCCAUUCAUACAUUGAAGCCUGGUUUGUUAAUAAUCUGUGCAUUUGUCUUCCAGUGUUUGUUUAUGCCCAUAAGCACGAAAAGGUUCAUCUUCAAUAUCAACAUUCAACAGUGCAGAACAAUGUGAGCUUGUAAAUUGGUUGUAUUCCUCUUUUAUAAAUGAAUAUAAAACUAA